CAGCUGCUCCACGUGACGGAGAAAAAGCCAAUCGCGCACCUCCUCCGCACGAGAGCAACGAAGAUGGCGCAAGACAGCACGGUGCCCAGCGAUCUCUACCAGCAUGUGUACUCGUUUCUCGUGGAAAACAAGUUUGCCAAAGCCGCGAAAGAGUUUUUAAAGCAGGCUAAAGUGAAACCUCAAGACCAAAAUGAGGACAAUCUCUUGGACAUCUUCAAUUUUUGGGUGAAGUCCCCAGAAACCAAAAAGCGUAAAGCAGUCCCCAGCGGCCCUUCGGCGGUCAACGGCCCGUCAGCAAAGAAAGCCAAGAAAGCUGCUGAGAGCUCAAGUAGUGAGGACUCGAGCAGUGAAGAAGCUGCACCUGCCAAGAAAGUCAAAGUACAAGCGAAAGCUCCUGCUCCAAAGAAGCCAGCAGCUGUAGCUGCUAAAAAGAGCAGCAGCUCUGAAGACUCCAGCGACUCGGAGGAUGAAGCUCAGGCUAAAACUGCAGCAAAGAAGCCUGCCGCUGUGAGACCUGCAGCCCCCGUCAGGAAGAAAGACCCCAGUUCCAGCAGCGAGGAUAGCUCGAGUGAAUCAGAGGACGAGGCUCCAGUGAAGAGCGCAGUAAAAGCACCAGUCCUAGUGAAGACCCUUCCAGCUAAACCUGCAGAGUCCAGCAGUGAGGAGUCAUCCUCAGAUGAGGAAGAUGCUCCUCCUACUAAGAAACCCAAGACUGGUCAAUUCAAUGCCGUCCCACCUCCAGCAACACUGACGGCUCGUGCUCCAGUCAAAGCUCCUGCAGCUCCAGCUAAGACUGUGACUCCCAAAGCUGCUGCUAAGAAGGACUCGUCCAGUUCUGACAGCUCUGAUUCAAGUUCAGAGGAUGAAGCAAAGAAACCAGCUGCUAAAACGGCUGUGGUUAAAGCAGCCCCAGCUAAGAAAGCACCUACAAAGAUCGCUCCUGCUAAGAAAAAGGACUCUUCAAGCUCCGAUUCUUCAAGCUCAGAGGACGAAGCAGCAAAGCCUGCUGUCAAAGGCACACCUGCUAAAGCAGCAUCUGCUAAAUCUACACCUGCUAAAGCAGCAUCUGCUAAAUCUACACCUGCUAAAGCAGCAUCUGCUAAAUCUACACCUGCUAAAGCAGCAUCUGCUAAAUCUACACCUGCUAAAGUCACCCCUGCUGCAGACAAGGCUUCAUCUUCUAGCUCUGAAGACUCUGACGAUGAAGAGGAGGCUAAGAAACCAGUUGCUAAAGCUGUCCCAGUUAAACCUGCGCCAGCCAAGAAAAUGCCCGCUAAAGUCAUGCCUACUGCAAAAGAAUCGUCAUCAUCGAGCUCCGAGUCUGAGGAAGACAAACCGGCCUCAAAACCAACCCCAGCCAAGGCUGCUCCUGCUAAAGCUGCUCCUCCAAAGACGACCCCUGCUAAGAAAGACGAUUCCUCAAGUUCAGAUUCAGACAGCUCUGAAGAUGAAGCCCCAGUUAAACCAGCAGCCACGUCCAAGCCUUUGAGCACUCCUAAACCUGCAGUCAAACCCGCCGAAUCCAGCUCGGACUCGGACAGCUCUUCAGAUGAAGAACCUCAAAAGAAACCUGCCGGCACACCGGUAUCCAAACCUGCCCUAGCCAAACCAACUCCUGCAGCCAAACCUACCGGUAAACCAGCGGCAAGCAGCUCGGACUCAGACAGCUCUUCAGAUGAUGAGAAACCGCAGAAGAAAGCCGCCACCACACCGGUAUCCAAACCAGCAGCGGCUGCUACUACUAAGAGCCCUGCUUCUGCCUCCAAACCACCUGCUCCAGCCAGUAAGAACGCAGCAGAGUCCAGCAGCAGUGAUUCGGACAGCUCCAGUGAAGAUGAGAAGAAAGUAAAGACUACUGUGACCCCCAAAGCAGCGUCAGCAGCUAAGCCGGCCAUGACUCCAGUUAGUGCGAAGAAAGCCGAGAGCAGUAGCUCUGAAUCUGACAGCUCAGACUCUGAGACCGAGGCUAAGAAGACUCCCGCCAAGCCUGCCGUCCCCAACGGAAAGGCUGCUACAACAAAAACAGCCACCUCAGCAGCGAAGACGCCGGCUAAAAAGACGGCAAAGUCUUCAUCCUCGAGUGACAGCAGCUCUGAUGAAGAGGAGUCUCCUAAAACCCCAGCUGUGAAGACCCCACCUGCUACAAAAGCACAGGCUGCUAAGGCCAAAGCUGAGGACUCUUCAUCUGAAGAAGAGGAGACUCCUGUCACAACAAACGGCACAAAGAGCAAAAAAAAGGGCAAAGAGGAAGAAACGACAACCCCCAAGAACAAAAUCACCACCUCCACACCUCAGACUUUUCCCAGAACCAAACAGAAGGAAACCAAUGCUCCUUUUCGUAGAGUAAGAGACGAGGAAAUUGAGCUGGAUCCCCGCCUGGCAAACAAUUCAUUCGAUGCAAAGAUGGGAGCCAACGGUGACUGGGGCCAGAAAGCCAACAAUGUGCUUAAAUUUACCAAGGGCAAAUCUUUCCGGCAUGAGAAGACCAAGAAGAAGCGUGGCAGUUAUAGAGGAGGUGCAAUCUCCACCUCAGUGAACUCCAUUAAGUUUGACAGCGACUGAGAUUACAAACUAAGUGAACUUCUGAACUCUCCAUAUCCCUCUUUCCCACAAUAUCAGCUCUAAAAGGCACUGUUUUGAGCCGUCUACUCUCUGUUCCUGCUCUCUGUUGGGUAUUGAUUGAAGGCUCAGGAAUAUUUGGGGUUGUGUAUUUACACUCUCUCAUGCAGUUAGACACCACAUGGUGGCGCCACGUCAUUGCGUUUAGGCCUUUCGAUUAGCUUCUAUGUAAAAAUGGUUUUGGCUUUACUGUAAAAUGUUUCUUAAAGUUGGCUUGACAAAUUAUAUAUGGUUGUCCUAACAGGUAAUUGUUAAUAUAAUAGAAAUUACAAUGAUUUUCUUGUCAAUGAAAUGUCAUUAUGGUUGCGUUAACAUUUUAUGAGCCCAUCUGUGUAUCUUGAGCCUGGUGAUUUUGUCCUGUUUGAAGAAGUUGUGUAGUUAAUGACUCCUCUUCUGUUUGACAGACACUGGAAGACCACCCUUAAAAAACACAUGAAUCGUCCUCAUUCGUUUAUAUAGUUUAGUUUUAAUAUUUUAUGGUUUCAUAUGUUACGUACGAAUUUGUAAUUUGGUCUCCUUUAUGAUCAGUCUUCUAACUGUAAUUAAAACAUGGACUGAAACUCAA